AUGAGGAAUAUAACCCGUAUCAAUGACAUAGUCAAACAGGCGCUGCUGGUGUUCCCUCAUUUCUGUUUGGGAAGAGGCCUGAUGGACAUGGCCAAAAACCAGGCGAUGGCUGCUCUCUACCAAAACCUGGGUGAAGACCGCUUUGAAGAUCCUCUCAGCUGGAACAUGGUGGGCAAAAAUCUGUUUGCCAUGGCCAUUCAGGGGGGCGUCAUGUUCAGCCUGACCCUGCUCAUCCAGUACAAGUUCUUCUGCAAACCCAUGUCAAUAAAAUCUCUACCGACAUCUUCAGGCGAAGAGGAUGAAGACGUGGCUCGUGAGCGUGAACGUGUGCAGAGGGGCGGAGCUCAGAACGACCUGCUCCGAAUCUGUGACCUCACUAAGAUGUACCGUAUGAAGAAGACUCCAGCCGUGGAGAAAAUCUGUGUGGGUGUUCCUGCUGCAGAGUGCUUUGGUUUGCUGGGGAUCAAUGGUGCAGGUAAAACUACGACUUUUAAAAUGCUGACGGGAGACAACAGCCCGACGGCCGGAGACGCUUUCCUGAACGGAUACAGCAUCCGCACUGACCUGCAGCUGGUGCAGCAGAAUAUGGGCUACUGUCCGCAGUUCGAUGCGAUCGAUGAGCUUCUGACGGGACGAGAACACUUGGAGUUCUACGCGCGACUCCGCGGGGUUCCCCAAAAAGAGGUUUCCAUGAUCCUGAGCUCUGGGGUUUCUGAUGCUUUGAAGGUGUUUCUCAAGAGAUUCACGCUGAGGAACGACCAGAAUUAG